AUGGUAUGCAGAAGGCUAGUUGCAUUAGUCAGCUGCGUAGACAUGUCCUUUUUUUACCACAGCUCCUGGGUCUGCUUCCACGUCCGUUACCUAACGGCGAUGAGCAGCGUCAGUGUGCGUGAACAAUCGCACCUGUGCCUGCAUAUCAUUCGCGAACAUUUUGGUCCCAUUGUCGAAAGUGUCGCACACGUGCUUCUUCGUCGAGGCCGUCUCACGGUGCCUGAGCUGGUCCGUUACCUCAAUGCAUCUCCUGUAUCUAUUCCCGGACACCUCACCCCGAAAAGAUCAGAACUCACAUCAAAAGCUUCUAGUAGGUUAUUUCCCUUGCGCGUUGUACAGCAAGCGCUUAUUGUUUUGAUCCAGCACCAUUGCGUCCUGCACUCCAAGCCGACUGGCGACGCAUUAUCUGGCGAAGAGUUUUUUGAAAUUAACCAAGAAGAAGUGCUUUGUCGUUUACGCUUCGGAACAUACCUGUCUUUGGCUCAUGCAUGGGGUGGUGAUGAUGCUCAAGACGUUGUUCGAGUCCUUUUAUACCACGGCCAAAUGCGUGUUGCAGACAUACUAAGCGCACUUACUCAUUCAGACGAGACUCAAGUGCCUGAUGCUAACCGGAUUGCUCGUUUGCGUGUGCUGCUGGUCAGUAUGCUUCAAGAUUCAGUUGUACGGCCCAGCACACCCAUACAACAUGUCUCGCCUUUGGACCGCCAGCUGACGCUAGAACUGUCUCUUCGAAAGACGCAAAGGGGUGUUCCAACGGCUAAAUCUCUUCGAGAAAUCAAAGCAAAAGUUGAAUCUAUUAUUAACGAGGAAGAUUAUCGUGAUUGGGAAGGUAGCUCAAUUGGCGAUACUGACGGCCUUCGACUGGGUCUGGUACGGAAAGCAUCUAGUGAUCAAAACCGUGACAAACGACAAAAGCGACGCUCCAAUACUGAUGUGAGUGUGUCGCGUGAUGAUAUUGAUAUUGAUUCGAAUGUGUGGCUCCGUGUACAUUAUGACUUUUUCCAUAUUCGCUUGCGUAACGAUAUUAUCGUGCGAGCUACGACAUCUCGAUACAAUUCAAUGACGGGUGAGAUUAUGCGUUAUAUGCUUGAAACCGACCGACCUGGGACAGCCCCGUGCGAAAAAGAUGAGCGUUCUCGGCCUAUCUCUGUUUCCUCACUUGCACAUCGAAUUCCGAAAGACACUCGCAUUCAACGUGGUUUUGACAAGCGCUCCAUCAUGGCACAGUAUGAUACGAAACGGUCGGCUACACCGUCGACUAGCGAACUAUUGGCCGAGUAUGUGGCUGUACUGACGUGCAACGACAACAUCUCCUCGUCUGUACACUCCACUCGUUUUUUGGCGCCUUGUGGCUCUGGCAGCGUAUCGGGCGCGACAACAGGAACACGUGUCGCCUCAACCUUCACCGUCGAAUAUGUUAAUAUUAUCAGGCAACUACAACUCGACAUGGUUCGUGAUGUGGUUGUCGAUCGGUUCGGUCCGAUCGCUGGUCGCAUCUUUAGCAUUCUUGUUGAGAAGGGCAAGCUUGAAGAAAAGCACAUCUCUAAAAUCGGUUUAAUCUCCAUGGGUGAAACACGCGAUAUUUGUUCGCGUCUUUUUGCUGCGUCGAUCUUGAGCUUGCAAGAAGUACCCAAGAGCAAUGAACGCAACCCUCAACGUACAUUCUUUCUUUGGUAUGUGGAUGCGGUUCAUUGCAAGUCUUGGCUCCAGGAUCAACUCCAUCGCACUCUUAUUCAGCUGAGCCGCCGCCGACUUUAUGAGCAGUCCCAAAAGACUUCUUUGCUUCGAAAAUCUGAGCGUACUGAUGUACGAGAGGAUGCUAACAGUCUACUCACGGAUUGGGAGCGCAAUGAACUGGCAUCUUUGCGUGCCGUCGAAGAAGCGAUUACCGUGGCCGAGGCUCGGGUCGUUCGAGAUACCUUUGUGCUGCAGCACUUUAGCUGA